AUGAGAGAGGUUCUUUCACUUCACGUUGGUCAAGCUGGUGUACAGAUCGGUAAUGCCUGCUGGGAGCUGUAUCUCCAGGAACACGGCCUGACCCCCGAUGGCCGUGUGACGGAAGAGAGCAACACGAAGAAUGAUGAUGGCUUCUCGACCUUUUUCAGCGAAACCGGCCGGGGAAAAUACGUGCCACGCUCGAUCUAUGUUGACUUGGAGCCCAAUGUGGUCGACGAGGUGCGCACCGGUCCGUUCAAGUCGCUGUUCCAUCCUGAGACCCUGGUGACGGGUAAGGAGGAUGCGGCCAACAACUAUGCUCGUGGUCACUACACUGUCGGUAAGGAGCUGAUUGACCAGACCAUGGACCGCGUGCGCAAGCUCGCUGAUGCAUGCUCAGGUCUCCAGGGCUUCUUUGUAUUUCACUCGUUUGGUGGUGGUACGGGUUCUGGUUUCGGAUCUCUCUUGUUGGAGCGCCUGGCUCAGGACUACGGCAAAAAAGCUAAGCUCGAGUUCUCUGUGUACCCUGCGCCCAUGAUGAGCAGCUCGGUUGUUGAGCCGUACAACUCGGUGCUCACAACGCACACUACGCUGGAGAACUCGGACUGCUCAUUCAUGGUUGACAACGAGGCGAUUUAUGAUAUCUGCAAGCGCAACCUCGGUAUUAGUGCACCUAGCUACACGAAUCUGAACCGCCUCAUCGCCCAGGUUGUGUCGUCCAUCACGGCCUCGCUUCGCUUUGAUGGCUCGCUCAAUGUGGAUCUGAACGAGUUCCAGACCAACUUGGUGCCGUACCCGCGUAUCCACUUCCCACUGGCUUCGUAUGCACCGAUCGUGUCGGCUGACAAGGCCUUCCACGAGCAAAACAGUGUGUCAGAGAUCACCACCGCGAGCUUUGAGAAGGGCAAUCAGAUGGUCAAGUGCGACCCGCGUGAUGGCAAGUUUAUGGCCUGCUGUCUGCUCUACCGCGGUGAUGUCGUGCCAAAGGACGUGAACUCGGCCGUGAGCCUGAUUAAGACGAAGCGCACGAUUCAAUUCGUCGACUGGUGCCCGACUGGUUUCAAGAUUGGUAUCUGCAACGAGCCUCCGGCGCUUGUGCCGGGUGGUGACUUGGCCAAGGUGCCGCGCUCGCUCUGUAUGCUGGCGAACACGACAGCUAUUUCAACGGCGUGGAGCCGCCUUGAUCGCAAGUUUGACUUGCUCUACUCGAAGCGCGCCUUUGUGCACUGGUAUGUCGGUGAAGGUAUGGAAGAGGGUGAAUUUAGCGAGGCGCGUGAGGACCUGGCCGCCCUCGAAAAGGACUACGAAGAGGUGGGUAUGGAGACGGCCUUGGGUGAUGAGGACGGUCUCGAUGCCGAGGAGUACUAG